AUGGAAAAAUACAUGGAACCUGUCGUCGAAUGGGUUGUAGCCUCGGUCAAGGCGCAGCCCUACGUCUGGUGUGCGACCACUCUCACCUUUCUCAUUGGCGUCCAAUUGGCCCUGGCAGCUUCUAUCGCCCACGGAGACGAAGCUACAGUUCGAAGGCAGCUCACAGGUCUUGAGAGGAUCGACAUCGACAAGGCACAGAAACAUGGAACCAAGGGUCAAAUGACAACCGUUUGUCCUGUCGCAUCAUGCGCCCCUGCGACAAUCGAUGCAGACGCUCACCCAGGCGGUCACACCAAAUACAACGACUGCUACAUGCUAGCUCUUCAGACCCCCGAGACGGAUGCCCAAGGCUACACCAUUUGGAAAUCCAUCACCCAGCAAGACAAACCAGAUCUCUCAAAAAUCAAGACGGAAAUCUGGAUCCCAAAAUCUAAUGCCGACGAGAACGAUCCAUUGGUCCAAUCCGGCGGAUGCGUCAUCUUGUCGUUUCCCGAUCCUAGCAUCCCAAGUUGGUUGAACGUCGUGGCUGGGUACUUGGGCAAUUCGGUUGCGACGCCGCAGGUGGCUUGCAUUUUACCACUGGAACCUACGAAAGCGGAGCUAGAGGAGCACAAGAUCAAGAUGAGACCUUUCAAGAUUGACGGAGAGGAUGGGAAGGGGCUUGACAUGGAGGGGUUACCUGCUGUGUCUGAUAUUUUGUCUCGGUUGAGGCUGUUUCUUGGUGUCAAGGACAAGCAGGGAAUUCCUCAAGGGAUUACUAUUUUCAAGCGCGCUUAG